AUGAAGCGUACCAUCCGCCAGUGGAACAGCAAAAACUCCCCAACCAGUGGUAACUCCUCUCCAAGCCGAGACCGUCUGUCAGAUGAGGGCCGUGUAGAAGAAAUGGAAUCAAGCCUCAAGUCAUUCGAACGUUCUAGUCUUAUCCAAGCCUUUAUUGUCCCAAACUAUGCCGAACCAGAAGCCCUCUUGAGGGACACAAUCAAGAGACUUGCAAACCACAGUAACGCUCAGACAAACUAUGUCAUCAUUUUGGCAAUGGAAGCAUCCGAACAAGGUCAAUCGGCAAAGGCUGAAAGCUUGGCAACUUAUUUCAAAGACAGUUUCCUUCACUUCAUUGUGACCGUACAUCCUACUGAUAUUCCCGGGGAGUCACGUGGAAAGGGCUCCAAUGUGGCUCAUGCUGCUCGUGUUGGCUGCGCUGAGAUGAUCCAACGCGGUGUAGACCGUCGUCAGGUCAUACUCACCAUAUCAGACUCUGAUUCAUCUAUUCCCGAAUUAUAUGUUAGAGAGGUCGAACGUUCAUUCACUCAGGCCGAUGAUCCUUAUUUCCUCUUAUUUGCUCCCCCAAUUUUCUUUUCUCGUAAUGCAUUCGACGUGCCUGCUGCUGUCAGGAUGACCGAUAUUACCUGGUCUGCAAUGGUCAUGUCAAAUCUCAGUAGUAGUCGCGGUAUCGCCUUUCCCUGUUCAACAUACAGUCUCUCUAUGAUCUUAGCCGAACGUGUUGGCUUCUGGGAUACCGAUGCUGAUUCAGUGGGAGAAGACAUGCACAUGAUGCUAAAGUGCUUCUUCAAGACCGACGGUCUCGCUCGCUGCUGUCCUAUCUUUGUGCCGAUCAACCUCACCAAUGUUCAGACCCCUGGAUUUUGGUCCAACAUGAAUGCUCGUUAUGUCCAAGCCAAACGUCACUACAAUGGUGUGGCUGAUGUGGCCUACACGUUGAGAAAUGCGUUUGGAGUUCGGAGUGUGGCGGUAGAUGGAAACGGCGUGGUGUUGCACGGUCCGAGUUUGGCUAAGAAAACAUCAAUGUAUGCCUCUCCUACCUAUUGGGUUGACAAGCUCAUUGUCUGUGUCAAGGUUCUUGAAGCCCACAUGAUUCCGGUAUCUUCGGGCUGGCUAAUGUUCGCAGCCGUGCCUCUCAUGCAGUUCAUUCUCUUUCCACCCCAUCCAACCGUGGCUUUUGUGGAUCCUGCAGACAACCCUAUCCUCACAUCCGACUUUUAUUGUACUCUGUGGAAUAUUGUCAAGAUUAUCACUGUAUUAUUGCCAAUGCCCUUGUUUGGUACUCUGGCUAUCUACGAGCAGCUUCAUCGGGUAGUUGAUCGUGAAUUGUACCGAAAAGCCAAGAGUGAAUCUCGUUCGUGGCGUAACGUGUUUGACUACGCCACCCUUCCAAUUGCGGCAUGGAUGUUUAUGACUAUUCCAUCGACAAUUGCCUGCAUCAAGCGACUCUACAAAACAAACGACCAAUACAUUGUUUCCGAAAAGUUCUUUGAUGAAGAAAAGGUCUAG